AUGCCGCGCCUCUACCGCCGAUCGCAGGUCCCCGUGCAUAUCAAGCGAGCGAUUUGUGCCCAGCAUGUGAGCCACCCCAACAUGCGCCAGGUCGACUUGGCGCGGUGGUGUUUCACACGCUACGGGAUUCGUCCCGACCGUAGUACUAUUGGGCGUGUCUUGAAGAGCGCUGACCGUUGGGCCGCCCCGAAUAACAACACCGUGCGCGUGCGUGGCGGCGCAUACCCGGAGCUAGAGCUCGCAAUGGUUCGCUGGAUCCGCAACGCCGGCCCUGCGGGAGUCCCGCUCACCCUCGCCACCAUCCGCGACCACGUCGCGGUCAUCGCGCGUGGCAUGAAUCUGCCCCCCACGUUCCGCUGCUCCGUGGGUUGGGUGCGCCGCGCCAUGCGUCGCCACGGCAUUCGUUGCCGCAGCGCGACAGGCGAGGCCGCUGACCAGGAUCACGCCGCGGUGCGGACUUGCCAGCAGCAACUCCCGCAGCUCCUGAUGUACCUUGCUCUCCGCCCCUGCGACGUGUAUAAUUUCGACGAGACGGCACUGUUCCUCUCCGUGCUACCGCGCAAGACAUACGGAGGUGCGCGUGUCGCCGGGCGCAAGCUGGCAAAGCAGCGUCUCACCGUCGGGCUGCUUGUUAAUGCCGAUGGGAGCCACGCCUUCCGCCCAUUGGUCAUCUCGAAGUCUAAGCGCCCUCGGGACUUCCUUCCCGAUUACGACCCUGAGGAUCUAUGCUAUUGGCGUAGCAACGCCAAGGGCUGGAUGACGGCCGCUUUAUUCACACAUUUCAUCGAGCAGCUCAACGCUGCCAUGGUGGCUGAAGACCGCAACAUUGUCAUCUUGGUUGACAAUGCCAGCAGCCACAACCUGCAGAGUGAGGAUGCGGAAUCCGAAGACCUAUUCGGAUUCCGCACCCGCGUUCUCGGUAAUAUCCGCCCGGUCUUCCUGCCGCCCAACACGACGGCCUUCACGCAGCCGCUGGACCAGGGGCUGAUUGCCACCACGAAGGCGCGCUACCGCCAGCACUGGCUCCGCACGGUCACAAGCCUGUGGGAGGCCGGCGGCUCGCUUGCUGCGUUUGCGCGCUUUCGCCCGAACAUGCGUGAUGCCAUGGAUCUCGCGCAUGUCGGCCGUGACGGACUUGCCACUGUCGGCGACGGCGUCGUGGCGGCGCUUCCCAUCGGCCUCGACGCGGACAUCGGCGACGUCGGCAUUAUGAUUGCUGCUCUGCGCCUCGGCCCGAGCGCCAUGCCCGCCGCCGAGUUUGUCGCCAUAGACGACGACCAGCCUACGUGCGCGGAGCCGGGCGACGAUCCGCUGGCCAUUGAGCCCCGCACGCCGUAUUCGGCGACAUCAUGGGAGCCGCCCGCCACCAUGCAGGAGGUCGAGAUGCUAAUUGGCUACGCCAAAGCGACCGGCAUCACCCCGCGCAAAUUGUGCGCGCUCUUCGAGAUCAAGAACCCCAUCAUCGUGGCGCGCAUGGAGCGCGCGAGCCCGUCCCUGAACCUCAACGCCGCGCCUCCAACCACCCCUGGGCUGCUCGCUUCUGAGGGUGGCGCGCCUUCGCCGGCCGCUCCUGUGGACGGGCCCGCGGCGACUCCUCGUCGCCGCGGGCGCGUCCUUCCUGCGUGGAUGUAUGCGCCGGCGCCGACGCGCCAGCAGCUCAUCGACUCUGGCGUGACUGCCGUGAUGAGCGGCUAUGUCGACGCCGCUGAGUGGAUGACAAUGUGA